CUGCAUCUACUACCGCCCUAACCAAUGCUCUCUCUGACAGCAUGCAUGGUCUUUCUUUCCCUCUCUAAGUUUAAUUUCCAUACAUAUCAUGCAUGGUCUCCAAUACAUCAUACGUCAAGAUGGCAAAUGCUUUAUCAGGUCAUCCAUCAAAACGAUGCUAAAACCCAAACUCCCGAAAGCCAAACCACCUCCCCUCCUACGCCUCCCUCCAAGAGCCCAAGAAGAACGACCUCACCAUCACCACCGCGUCCUGAGCCUCUUGAAACAAUGCGAUUCCCUGCAUUCCUUCAAGCAGAUCCACUCCCACAUGCUCACCUCCUCGAUCCAGAAGCCGAACCACCUCCUCUCCAAGCUCGUGGUGGACCUCAAAGACCUCCCCUACUCCACUCUCCUCUUCUCCCAAAUCCCCCACCCCAACGACUUCUCCUUCAACCUCAUGAUCCGCGGCCUCGCCACUUGUUGGAACGACCACUCUCUCGCCCUCCAUUACUACCUCCGCAUGCUCAAAUCCGGCGCCAAGCCCAACCACUACACCUACCCCUUCGUCCUCCUCGCCUCCGCGAACCUCCAAUCGUCGUACCACGGGCGAACCGCCCACGCGUCCGUCUUCAAGGCCGGGCUCGACGCGAAUGACCACGUCCAGCAUUCCCUGAUCACCAUGUAUUCGAGGUGCGGCGCGGUGGGCGCCGCACGUAAGGUGUUCGAUGAAAUCUGCCACAGGGAUAUGAUCUCCUGGAAUUCGAUGAUUUCGGGGUACGCUAGGAUGGGAUUUGCAAGGGAGGCCGUCGGGUUAUUCCGGACGAUGAGGGCGGAGGGGUUCGACCCGGAUGAGGUGACUCUGGCGAGCGUCCUGGCGGCGUGCGGAGACCUCGGCGACCUGAGCUUCGGAGCGUGCUUGGAGGGCUUGGUGGAGGGGAUGAAAUUGGAGCUAAACUCCUUUGUCGGGUCUGCAUUGAUUGAUAUGUACGGCAAGUGUGGGGAUCUCGAGUCUGCAAGGAGGGUUUUUGAUGGUAUGGCGAAGAAGGAUUUGGUCGUGUGGAAUGCAAUGAUCACAGGGUAUGCACAGAAUGGGAUGUCCCAUGAAGCCAUUGCAUUAUUCCACGCCAUGAGAGAGGCAAGGACAGAGCCGGACAGGAUCACGAUGGUUGGGGUGCUCUCGGCAUGCGCAGCGAUUGGGGCCCUUGAGCUGGGCUCAUGGCUGGAUGCAUACGCUUCGCGAGAAGGAAUUCACCGCAAUGUAUAUGUCGGCACGGCCCUUAUCGACAUGUAUGCCAAGUGCGGAGAUCUGGACCGAGCAGUCCGGAUCUUCGAUACGAUGCCGCGGAGAAACAUAGUCUCAUGGAAUGCCAUGAUCUCCGCCCUUGCCUUCCACGGACGAGGCCGAGAAGCAAUUUCGCUCUUCGAACGUAUGAGGAAUGAGGAAGGAGCAAUCCAGCCAAAUGAGAUCACUUUUGUCGGGAUUCUAUCUGCGUGUGUGCAUGGGGGGCUCGUUGAUGAAGGCCGUCGGUGGUUUAAUUCCAUGGGAUCGGUGUUCGGACUUGCUCCAAAGAUCGAGCAUUAUUCUUGCAUGGCGGACCUUUUAGCGCGUGCUGGGCUCCUGGAAGAAGCAUGGGAAUUCGUUGAGAAGAUGCCGGAGAAGCCUGAUGCGGUUGUGCUUGGGGCUCUGCUUGCUGCUUGUAGGAAUUGUAGGAAUGUGGGAGUUGGAGAGAGGGUUAUAAACAAGAUUCUGGAGUUGGAUCCUUCGAACUCCGGGAAUUAUGUGAUUUCUUCUAAAAUUUAUGCGGGCUCGAAGAGGUGGGAUGAUUCAGCGAGGAUGAGGGGGUUGAUGAGGGAGAGGGGCAUAAGCAAAACCCCUGGUUGUAGCUGGAUUGAGGUUGAUGGCCGAGUCCAUGAAUUCCAUGCUGGUGAUGGAUUGCACUUAAAAGCUGCGGAGAUUUGUCAAAUGAUCGACAUACUGGUCGAGGAGAUGAAGAUGGAAGGAUACAGCCCAAACGCUGACCUGUUGUGAGGAAUCAUUAUGGGAUUGAUCAAAAGAAGGUAUUGCCAUCUAAUGCUUUGAUUGAGAUUUGUACUGUUCCAUGGAUAGCAGUUUGAUCGGUUGAUUGGUUCUUUCAGUUUGCUUGUAUUCCUUCAUGUUUGCAGGUGGCCAGACGAGACCUCUUGGUUUUGGAGAAUGAGGUGUCCUCAUAUACGGGUCUUCUCAGGAAAUUUUUUGAGCAUUCUAACAGGCAGAAGCAGCAGCCUUCAGUGCAAUCACAAGGAGCCUUACAGAGACUAAGAACAAUUUCACAAAUAUAUAUCAUUGGCAUCUAAAGCUCCUACCACGAUGAUCGGCAUCGAUGAUAUGAGGUGUCGCACAAAUGAAUGGAUGCUAGAAGACAGCUAUCACCUCUCCACUCCAGCUCCAUUUCUAGAUGAACGAUGAGAUCCAUCAUCUCAAAUAUCCUGAGCAAACGCUGCAAUACCGCUGCAUGCAUUGUGUAGGGGGUCUGGCAUCUGCAGAAUUCUCAUAAAAAUAAAAAUCUCCUAAAAGCACACUGGAGAUAAAGUGUCAAGGAAUAAUAACAUUCCCAAUGAACUCAUCAAUCUGUCCAGCGUUCACGAUGAAGAUCUAAGAAGUACAAUUUAACAUGUAAUGCUAAAAAAUGAUAAAACACUGUUAAAAAUGUGUUCUAUGCAUUUGAUAUACAGGGAUGUGUGUUAUGGAGAGAGAGAGAGAGAGCAAGAGAUUGCUGUCAUGUUGCUCUACUUCUCUUCCAUUCAUAAAGUGUAAAUGUUUCAUCAUCUGGGCUUCCUUGCAUGUGCAAAAUAUAUGCUUACAGAA